CCCAAUGGCACCUGCGUGCCCAUGGAGAUCGUGCUGAUGGAGAAGGUGGGCUCUGGCUGCCGCAACAUCAUCCAGCUCCUUGACUGGUUUGAGCUGCCAGACAGCUUUGUGCUGGUGAUGGAGCGUCCGGAGGCAUCGCAGGAUCUCCUGCAGUUCCUGCUGGAGCAGGAGUUCCUCGGCGAGGAGAUGGCGCGCUGGCUUUUCUGCCAGGUGCUGGAGGCCGUGCGGCACUGCACCGCCUGCGGCGUCCUGCACCGGGACAUCAAGCCAGAGAACCUCCUCGUGGACCCGGACAGCGGCGACCUGAAGCUCAUCGACUUCGGUUGCGGCACCUUCCUCCAGGAGCGGGCCUUCACGCAGUUUGCCGGAACGCGCGAGUACAGCCCGCCCGAGUGGAUCUGCCUUGGCUGCUACCACGGCCAUGCGGCCACCAUCUGGUCCUUGGGCGUGCUGCUGUACGUCAUGGUCUGCGGCUGCCUCCCCUUCAGGGACGACCGUGACAUCGUGCUGGGGCAGCUCUUCUUCUGGCAGCAGGUCUCUCCAGAGUGCCAACAUCUGAUCCAGUGGUGCUUGGCCAAGCAGCCCGCCGACAGGCCAGAGCUGGAGGAGAUCUUGCGCCACCCUUGGGUGCGGGGCAGGCGUUUUUGA